CCAAACUCAGAGCCAACUACCUCUUUUUAAUGACUAUAAACUGAAAAUUCAUAGGUUAUCUUCGAUUGCUUUUCUUUUUAACUCCAUUAAUUUGCCCCUUGUAAAAUCUUAGCAUCUGUCAUUUUGAUUCAAUUCCAAGCCAUCAUUAUUAGCACUCUUGGGAUAAAAUAUUUUAUUGACCUGAUAAAUGGUGUUUUAAUACAUCAUAGCGGUCCUCACAACCCUUCUCAAAAAGAAAAUCUCUCAAAGGAUAUCCACUUCCAUAAGGAAAACCCCAAACUCACUAAUCUGGCAUUCAUAGUUUCCUAGGAUUGAAGCUCAAUUUCCAGUCCUGGGUAAAGCCAGUGUUUUGGAAAAAGGGAACAUAUCUUAGGUACCUCUGGACUCUAAAGGUUUUCAUGUCAUCUGAAGUUUGCCUUUCAAUCAAACACGAUUAUUUGCCGUCCUGAAAUUGUGUGCAUACUUGCCCAUUUUCCUUAUUCUGUCUAUACUCAGUAUCCUGGAAUUGUUUACACAUAUAUAGGCAUAGAUUAUAAAUUCUCUGUACACCUACACAGUAUACAUUAUUCCUACCAAACUGUGAUCACCAUAAUGGGACCAAUUAUAUGUUUCAUCUAGUUCAUAUUCCACAUAAUAGCUAGUACAGUGCUUUGUACAUAAAUGGGGUCUUAUUAACUGUAAAGACUUACUGAACUAUUUAAUUUUUUCCUAAAAGGUCAACUCUCAUGUGGUAACAGCAGUAUGCUGUUUUAUGGUAUAAAAGUUCACAGAUGACUUAUUGAUUCCAUUCAAAAUUCUUUUCUGUGUGAAAGUAAUUUUGAAUAGCAGCAGCAAAAAUUUAGAGAAACUUUUCCAGGCACUGCAACUGCCUGGGUAUCUCUUGGUGUUUGUACCCCAAGAACAUGUAAGAAUAGCAGAAGCUUAUGAAAUGCACCAUUUUUAGCCAGGUUUAAUUAUUUGGUGACUUAUAUUUUGAGAGUUUUAUCUCUGAGUUAUUUUGUUUCCUUUUGCUUGUUAUGUCUUUUUUUUUUAACAGCAUAAUACCUCUAUUAUAGUCUUAGUUUCUUUUAGAGAACUAUUUCCUAUAUUGCCUUAAGUACCUGGCACUUUUUCCAAAUGUAAACAAUAAUUUAAUGCAGAUAUGGAUUUGCAGAUCCAUGUAGUACAUGUGAGUCUCAGAAAGCAUUUUUUGAAGAACUAAGGAAGAAUUUGUAGGAUACCUAAAAGCAUUAACCUUUAAUCUUUUUUGUGAUUAUCUCAUGUGUCUCUUAGAAACAAUUCUUUUAUUUUGUAAAUGAUAAUAUUUACAAAAAGUGAUCUAGAAAUGCAUUAGGACACUUUCUGUAAUUUUGUCAUCUUUUGGUACUGCAGUGGUUGGUUGGAGAAAUAGCUGCAGUCCAGAAAUUGAGCCAGAAAAUUUCUUUUUCCCUCGUAUUUCAGUGAUUCCAUUUGAGUCCUGGCUUACAGAAGAUGAGCCUGUCUGUUUGCUGAGCAUCAGUUUUCAAGCAUCACAUUAAAUUUAAUGCUAUUCUAGAGACUUCACAUUUUAAUCAAAUGAUGCUUCUUAAAUCACAUCGAAUAAAUGUUUACUAGACGAUCACACUUAAUAAAAUGAAGCUUCUGCCCUUUUUUUUCCCUUUGCAUGUUAAGUCAAAUCAGAAUCUUUACCUCUGAUACCUCUGAUUCACUCUAAAGGCAAGGACAUUCUCACCGUCUCGAGAAUGAGAAUGUCCUAAAAAGAGCUUAGGGUGGGCAGGGAGAAGCCAGCCCAAAAAAAAGAAAGAAAGAAAAAGCGGAGGAACCUGAUCAAGGCUGUGGCCUGGGGAGCACGGUAGGAGGUGACCUCGCAAUUCCAUCUCAGCGGUCAGGGCCUGUUUUCCUGUCGACCCCUGCCUUGACUUUCAGUGGCCUCUGCCCCUGCCUGUGUGUGACCCCACUGCUGACCCAAAACAUGUGAACAUUUUGUUUUUAAGGUGUGUUUAAGAAGUCUGAUGGCUGGGUUGGCUUGGGCUGCUGUGAACUGGCUAUUACCUUGGAGUGCCGACAGGCAUGCAAGCAGGCAUCUUCAAAAAAUGACAUUUCUAAAGUUUGCAGAAAAGAAUAUGAGCCUGUCCUCCGCUGUCUUAGUGUGCUUCCUUCUCUGCUCUGGAUUUCCGCAUUGCCCUACCAGUCUGCCUGUGUGUGUUGAAGGUCGGGACAGGAAAGUGGGCUCCGUGUGCUGCAGCUACGCGGGCCAUCACACCAACUGUCACGAGUACUGCCAGGCCAUCUUCCGGACAGACUCCUCCCCCGGGCCGUCUCAGAUCAAAGCCGUGGAGAACUACUGCGCCUCAAUUAGCCCACAGCUCAUCCACUGUGUGAACAAUUACACCCAGUCUUACCCAAUGAGGAACCCAACGGAUAGUUUAUAUUGCUGUGACAGAGCCGAAGACCAUGCCUGCCAAACUGCCUGCAAGCGAAUUCUCAUGUCUAAGAAAACCGAGAUGGAGAUUGUUGACGGCCUCAUCGAGGGCUGUAAGAACCAGCCCUUGCCUCAGGAUCCUCUUUGGCAGUGUUUCCUUGAAAGUUCACAGUCUGUUCACCCUGGCGUUACCUUACACCCGCCUCCCUCUACUGGCCUGGACGGGGCUAAAUUGCAUUGUUGUUCUAAAGCAAACACUUCAACUUGUAGAGAACUGUGCACUAAACUUUAUAGCAUGAACUGGGGCAGUACCCAGAGUUGGCAGGAGUUUGAUCGCUUCUGUGAAUAUAAUCCCAUGGAAGUGUCCAUGCUGACCUGUUUAGCAGAUGUUCGAGAGCCUUGCCAGUUGGGCUGUAGAAACCUUACUUACUGUACUAAUUUUAACAACAGGCCAACAGAGCUUUUCAGGAGUUGUAAUGCCCAGUCAGACCAAGGAGCCAUGAAUGACAUGAAGUUGUGGGGCAAAGGAAGCAUCAAGAUGCCAUUUAUCAGCAUUCCUGUUCUUGACAUUAAGAAGUGCCAGCCAGAGAUGUGGAAGGCAAUCGCCUGUUCCCUGCAGAUCAAACCGUGCCAUAGUAAAUCCCGGGGGAAUAUUAUUUGCAAAUCAGACUGUGUGGAAAUUCUCAAGAAAUGUGGGGACCAGAACAAAUUUCCAGAAGACCACACAGCAGAAAGUAUCUGUGAGCUUCUCUCGCCUACAGAUGACCUGGAGAGCUGUAUACCCUUGGACACAUACCUCAGACCAAGCACCUUAGGUAACAUUGUGGAAGAGGUGACUCAUCCCUGUAACCCAAACCCUUGCCCUGCUAAUGAGCUCUGUGAGGUGAACCGGAGAGGGUGCCCGACUGGGGAUCCCUGCCUUCCCUACUCCUGCGUUCAAGGUUGCAAGUUGGGAGAAGCGUCUGAUUUCAUCGUCCGUCAAGGGACACUAAUCCAGGUGCCCUCAUCUGCAGGGGAAGUCGGUUGUUACAAAAUUUGCUCAUGUGGACAAAGUGGGCUUUUAGAAAACUGUAUGGAGAUGCACUGCAUUGACCUCCAGAAGUCUUGUAUUGUUGGGGGGAAGAGAAAAAGCCAUGGAGCAUCCUUCAAUAUCGACUGCAACGUCUGCUCUUGUUUCGCCGGCAAUCUGGUGUGCUCCACACGCCUGUGCCUGAGUGAGCACAGCUCAGAGGACGACCGGCGCACCUUCACAGGCCUGCCCUGUAACUGUGCAGAUCAGUUUGUACCUGUGUGCGGGCAGAACGGACGCACCUACCCCAGUGCCUGCAUCGCUCGCUGCGUGGGCCUCCAGGACCAUCAGUUUGAAUUUGGCUCGUGCAUCUCAAAGGAUCCAUGUAAUCCUAACCCCUGCCCCAAAAACCAAAGAUGCAUACCCAAGCCACAGGUCUGUCUGACAACUUUCGAGAAGUUCGGCUGUAGCCAAUAUGAGUGUUUGCCGAGACAGCUCACCUGCGACCAGGUCCGAGAUCCUGUUUGCGACACGAACCAUAUGGAACACAACAACCUCUGCACUUUGUACCAGAGAGGGAAAAGUCUCCUAUACAAAGGGCCCUGCCAGCCCUUCUGCAGAGCCACGGAACCCGUCUGCGGGCACAACGGGGAGACCUACUCUAGCGUGUGUGCAGCCUACUCAGACCGGGUGGCCAUCGACUACUACGGGCCAUGCCAGGCCGUGGGGGUCCUGUCAGAGCACAGCUCCGUGGCUGAGUGCGCCGCCGUGAAGUGCCCAACGCUCUCAGCGGCCGACUGUAAGCCCGUCAUCCCACCAGGUGCUUGUUGCCCGUUGUGCGCGGGGAUGCUUCGAGUUUUAUUUGACAGAGAAAAACUGGACACUAUUGCUAAGGUAACAAGUAAAAAUCCAAUAACCAUCCUGGAAAUACUGCAGAAAAUCCGCAUGCACGUGUCUGUCCCGCAGUGCGAUGUGUUCGGCUACUUCAGCAUCGAGUCCGAGAUCGUCAUCCUGAUCGUUCCCGUCGAUCAUCACCCCAAGGCCUUGCAGAUCGAGGCCUGCAAUAAAGAAGCUGAGAAGAUCGAAUCCCUGAUCAACUCCGAUAGCCCCACUCUGACCUCCCACGUCCCUCUGUCUGCCCUCAUCAUUUCCCAGGUCCAGGUGUCCAGCAGUGUGCCCUCGGCGGGCGCCAGGACCACCCCUCACAGCCUCUCCCUCUCUUUUCUCCUCAGCCUGGGCCUCAGCUGGCUCUGGCUCUGGACACAGAACUGAGGGCCAGCGAAAAGUGCAACCAUGCCUCAGUCUCCCUUUCACCUGUGACUGACCUCCAGCACUGCUGCUUUGCAGUUGAAUAGUGACCAAGUACCAGCACUUGUCACCUCUGUUCACCACACAGUAUUAUUUCACCUGCCAAGAUUAGUAGGAUCUGAUUUGGCUUAUGCACAUGUUGAAAUGCAUCCUUCGGAAUACGGAUGGGAAGAGGGUGUCUCCUUCGGGUGGACCCCUGCCUUAACAAUUCAUCAUCAUUUGCUCAUGAUUAUGACCCCACCACUCGCAAACAAACUCACCGUCAUGGAUGUAGGAGAGGAUCACUUUUUUUUUUUUUUUAAGAAAAGUAGCUCACUUUUCUGUGGGCUUCAUAUCCCAGAAACUUCAUCGCAAAGUUCCUUUACAAUAUGAAGGUGCCCGGGUGUGUUUCUUUUUUAUUCAUGGGCAAUUAAUUACCUAGAAACUAGAGUUCAAGGGGAGAUGCCCUCCCUAGGGUCGGGAAUAAAGAGGAAGCUUCUUCAGAAUGGUAAGUCAGUCAUCAGUUACUGUCCAGAAAGGUGAGUUAGGGACCCAUCUGUUGUGCUAAGCAGCAGCCACUGAUCCUCACAUCCUCACGGACUGUAACUGAUAGUCCCAGCAGUUACUCGAGUGUGUGCAACUUUUUGUGAGAAGUCACAGGGCAUCAAAGCUUCUUGCUUUUCACAUUCUGAAUUUCACCGGGACUAGACUCUUGGGUAUUCAUCGAGUUAAAUGUUGAGUUUUUGAACAUCAAACUUUAAACCAAUUGCUGCUAUUUUAAUUGCCAAAAAGUGAAAUAAUUAGUAGUUCAUGUAAAUAAUACAUGAUUUUCUAUUUUAUUAUGAAGGUGAAUAGCCAUAUUUGUAAAGUGACAAUCAUGUUUGUUAACCCAGCCCAUUCUGCUCAUGACACGUUUGCUUUUUUGUGAUAUGCACAGUGUAGAUAAGUGUUCCGUCUGACAUUCCUUUUUUAUAUAGAAUUAUAAAGAAUUGUGGUUUAUAUAUUUAAAAUUGUCAAUCUAAGUGUUAAAAGUUUGCAUGUUGUCUAAGAAAUUGAAAACUUUGAAUGUGUUUUACAGUUUGAAAUAAGCUAUUCAAUGUAAUACUUCUUGUUGGUAUGCACCUAAACUUAGAUUUUACAUGAAGUAUUUUUUUUUCAGUAUUAUAUGUAUCCUCCAAAAUAUAUAAGGAUAUGCUUAUUAUACCAAAAUGUUGUUUAAAAAUGGGCACUUAAAGCUUUCAAAAUAUCUCAGUGCUGAUGUAGCAUAUUUGUUGCAAUUGCUUUUUUUCUAUAUAAAUGUCUUUAAUGCAAUAUACAGGAAAACUUUUCUAUUUUAAUAAAAAUAAUUUUAUAUGA